CUGAAACAGCAGCCCUUUCCUUCCCGGCGGGGCCCCAUUUAAGGCGCAUUACCGGAACGAGCUGAAGCCGGAGAGACGUGGAGUCGUCAAGUCGAAAGUAGAGCCUACACGCAGCUGAACGCUUGACCGUCGGCAAACCAUGAGGGAGAUCGUGCACCUGCAGGCCGGCCAGUGCGGCAACCAGAUCGGGGCCAAGUUCUGGGAAGUCAUCAGCGAUGAACAUGGCAUAGACCCCACUGGCACCUACCAUGGAGAUAGCGACUUACAAUUGGAAAGGAUCAACGUCUACUACAAUGAGGCCUCAGGAGGCAAAUACGUGCCUAGAGCUGUCUUGGUUGACUUGGAACCUGGAACCAUGGAUUCUGUAAGAUCUGGACCUUUUGGACAGAUAUUCAGGCCUGAUAACUUUGUCUUUGGGGAAAACGGGGCUUGGGGCAACAGGGGCACGGGGCACUAUACUCAAGGAGCUGAGUUGGUCGAUUCUGUCCUAGAUGUGGUAAGAAAGGAAGCUGAGAGCUGUGACUGUCUCCAGGGUUUUCAGCUUACCCACUCUCUAGGUGGGGGCACUGGAUCAGGGAUGGGCACCCUGCUGAUCAGCAAGAUUCGUGAGGAAUAUCCAGACCGCAUCAUGAACACCUUCAGCGUGGUGCCAUCACCCAAGGUUUCAGACACAGUAGUGGAGCCUUACAAUGCUACCCUCUCAGUACACCAACUGGUGGAGAACACAGAUGAGACCUACUGCAUUGACAAUGAAGCUCUUUAUGACAUCUGUUUCCGUACCCUCAAGCUAACAACUCCCACUUAUGGAGACCUUAAUCACUUGGUCUCUGCUACCAUGAGUGGUGUAACAACCUGCCUCCGCUUUCCUGGCCAACUCAAUGCUGAUCUUCGCAAGUUGGCUGUGAACAUGGUUCCCUUUCCUCGCCUCCAUUUCUUCAUGCCUGGCUUUGCCCCUCUGACCAGUCGUGGCAGCCAACAGUACCGGGCUUUGACUGUGCCAGAGCUAACACAACAGAUGUUUGAUGCCAAGAACAUGAUGGCAGCCUGUGAUCCCCGUCAUGGGCGUUACCUGACAGUAGCAGCUGUCUUCCGAGGCAGGAUGUCCAUGAAGGAAGUGGAUGAGCAGAUGCUGAAUGUUCAGAAUAAGAACAGCAGCUACUUUGUGGAAUGGAUCCCCAACAAUGUCAAGACAGCCGUGUGCGAUAUCCCACCCCGUGGCCUUAAAAUGGCAGCCACUUUCAUUGGCAACAGCACAGCUAUCCAGGAGCUCUUCAAGCGCAUCUCAGAGCAAUUCACAGCCAUGUUCCGUCGCAAGGCGUUUCUCCACUGGUAUACGGGUGAGGGCAUGGAUGAGAUGGAGUUUACAGAGGCUGAGAGCAACAUGAAUGACCUGGUCUCAGAAUACCAGCAGUAUCAGGAUGCUACUGCUGAAGAAGGAGAAUUUGAAGAGGAGGCAGAGGAGGAAGUUGCAUGAAGAUCUCUCUCCUCUCCUCUCCUCUCCUCUAUUCUAUUCUACUCUCCUCUAUUCUAUUCUACUCUACUCUACUCUCUCUUCCUGCCCAU